AUGAAUUCUCAAAGCCACUAUGAUCACAUGUAUCGUUGCAUGAAAGCGGGAGGAGCUUCAAAGGAAGAAGCGCACGCAGGCGCCAAAGCCGCAGCAAAACACGUAACAAAAUCAAUGAACAAAAUUAAGGAAAAGCAAAAAAAGGAAACGAUAGAAAAAUCUUGCCCAGUAGAAACAAAUCAAAGCUGCUAUUUGAGCCAAAAGCUAUUGUUAAAUCAACAACAACAGACGGUCUCCCUCUUGGCUCAAGUACCAGCCUUUAAUGGAUUAGGUUCGACGAAAUUUAAGGACUGGAUCAAACAUUUUGAUGCAGUAAUGAAUACUUCAGAGUUUGAAGAGGGAAGGAAAAUUAAGUUGCUGUGCUCUAAAGUUUUUGGAGAUAGUAGAAAAAUUUACUUGACCGAAUACAACAAUUGUAUACGAAACCCUGGAGAACCAAUUAGGGAUUACGCGUGUCGCAUACAAAAAUUUUUUUCAUUUGCUUACCCAACAAGGGAGGGGAAAUUGGUAGACCUCAAAAUGAGAGAACAGCUGAUAAUGGACAAAUUCUUGGGGGGACUUAAAAACAAUCUUCGAGAACGAAUAAGCUUUAAAGAAUUGAAGAAUCUAGAUAGUUUGAUAAAAGCAACGGAGAAUUGUGCGGCCGUCUUAAAUGAAGCUAAAUUAGAGAGACGAAACGUAGAAUUCAUUAAUGCUGUCGCAUCAAAUUCGAAUGCAUCUCCUUCAAGCAAAAUUAAAGGAAAAUUAUCAGAAUUAGAAGUAACGCUAAAAAAUAAUCAGCAAUUAAUGAGUGUGUUAAUGCUGCAAAACCAGGAAACGGCUAAAUUAUUGAAUAAAGUCGUACAAGCACAGACCCAAACAAAUUUCCGUUCCCAAACCGGUCUUCAUCCCCAGCCCGCUUUUCAAGCCCAAGCUGGUUUCCCUACUCGAUCCAUGCCGCAAUCCCAACAAACACAGAACUGCAAUAGUCAAUUUGAACAAAACCCUAAAAGAUUUCAACAACAAAAUAAAGAAGGUCAAUUCGGACAAAAGCAACCAUCCCAAAGUGACCGAAAUAACCAAACCGGUUGGAAUCAACCAGGUCCAAAAUAUUGUGCAUAUUGCAAAACCAAUACGCCUCUAACAGCGAUGUAUAGUUGGGGCCCAGGGGGUCCUAGAUGUUUUAAAUGCAAACAGAAUGGACAUGUACAGCGUGAAUGCCCAGGCCCACAACCAAAACCUAAUCAAACAUACGGCCCUUCACUACAAAAUAACUCAGGCCAAUUGAACCGUUUUGAACAGGGAAACUAA